CCACCCUUCCUCGCUGUCAUUGCCCGUGACGACGUGGUCUGCGGGUCACGUAUGGGGAGGAAAAAUGCUCCCGCGCGCACACACACAAACACACAAGCUCCGACGUUAGAGCAGCAGCAUUAUUAACGCGCCUCUGUGUGUAUGUGUGUGUAUGUAAACACGCAUGACAUAUUAUUCGGCUGACGUCUUCGUGCGUCGCCUCUGAUCGUCAGCGAUUGAUGACGCAGCAGCGACGACGCAAAGCGGGACUGCUGCGGAGUGGCGUCGCCCUGACGAUGACGCUGGCGGCGACAAUGAUGACAGAGACGGACGCCUCCUGUACCGCGGACCUGGAUUGUCGGCUGUUCUGCGUGCGCGUGUGUCGGCGCAUGCUGGAUCUGCCGUGGAAGCGCCACCUGGUGCCACGCUGCAUCAACGGCGACUGUGGUUGCUACGAGACGUGCGCCUCCGACGACAACUGCUCUCGUCUGCUCUGCCUCAUGAACCACACGGGCGUGACGCUGGUGCCGACGGUGCCGCCGACGACGACGCCAUCAACGACGCCACUGACGCUCUACAACUAUGACGGAACGACGAUAUCAGACGACGACCACGACCUGCUGGGCGAGCAGACUCAAUCCACCGUGCUCUUCGUGCUCGCCAUCGCUCUCAUCUGCGGCGUCAUCUACGGGAUGUGCUUCUACCUCCGCCGCCGCUUCGAACGCGAACAGAGCAUCAGCAGCGCCGAGCGACGCCAGACGGCGCUGACGAACGACUUCCACGUCGACGUCGCCGCCGACCUGCCGCCGUCGUACAGCCAGGCGUUCGUCCUCAGCCGACCGGCGGCGCCACCUGCCGGCGGCGUGCGGCGGAUCGUCGACGAGUCGGCGGGGAAGAGUCUGUCGCGGUGUUCGAUCGGUGAGUCGAGUACGGCGAGUCUGCCGGCGUACGAGGACGCGAUCAAGAUGGCGAUUCGACGACUUCCGCCGGCGGCCCGUUUGGACUACGGCGCCCCGCCGCAGCCUCCGCCGCCCAACACCGUCAUGUUCCACCUGGGCGAACUCGACGCGAACGCCCCCUGCUGUCCGACCGACGACGCUGGCGUUCCCGCCGCCGAAGCGACGCUAGCGCCACCGCCGCCGCCGCCGCCGCCGCCGGGUGGCGCUGCAGGACGGCUCAGGCAUGUGGCGACGGCGCCGGCGCAGAUGCGCGUGCGGUCGCCGCACGGUGGAGCCACCGGCGCGAGCGUGAGACAGCCACCCCCGGACUCAGAUGUUGCCCUCCCUCCAGAGUUCCACUCUUUCACACAUUCCCCUCCAGAUGUCAACUCUUUCACAUAUCCUUUGCCAGAGGUAAACCCUAUCAUAUCUCCCACUCCAGAGAUAAACUCUAUCAUAUCUCUCCCUUCAGAGGUAAAUUGUAUAGAACCUCUCUCCCCAGAGGUAAACCCUAUAGUACCUCCUCCUCCAGAUAUAAACUCUAUCUCUACGACCGUCGGACAAGAGUCAAACUCGACAGCUCAAGAACGUGAUUACACCAAUGACGAUAGAUUCAUUUUACGAGUGAGACUCUAGCGAGACUGCGGUGACCAUCCCUCCAUCCACAACGCGUGCCUUAGAAUUACAACUACCUCAAGACUGCUCACGUAUAUCAUAUGCAAGAUGGCGGGCAUCAUCACCAUCAGCAGCAGCAGCAGCAGCAGCAGCAGCAUCAUCAUCAGCAGCAGCAGUAGCAACAACAACAAGAGCA